CGCCAGUAAACACUGGAGAAGAAAAAGCUGAUGCUCGUCUGAACCGCUUUAGCCCCUCGAUUUAUAAAAAUAAAAGCACAUUAUUGUGUCUGGCUCUGAGGAUUUAAACCCCUGAGAUAUCUACAUCUCCAAGACAACACUGACCCUGCAGUGGACAAAUCGGACAGGCUAUGGAAACAACAACAAGAGAAAGACCUGCAGGGAUUGUGCCAAAAAGCACACUGGCACCAAUGUGCGCCCGGGGUCUACACUGAUGGGAUGCAGGCAGUGCAAUAUUCCCCUGCACCAAGUAAAGAACACUGAAGUAAAGAACGCACUGCUACAAGUCUUUUCCUGCUCCACAUGUCCUCAUUCCUAUACAUCUCAAAUUUACCUCGACAAACACAUCCAGAGAUGCCACUAUAACGUGUAUGUGCGACUACUGGUAUCAGGAGAGAGUAAAUGUGAGCUUCAGAUCCCCUCCAGAUGUCAGCCAACAUCAACUAAUACUCUCAGUUCUGACACUUCUCAUAAUGGUAUACAGAAGGAAAUUCACCACUGCUCAGACUGUGGAAAGAGUUUUGGUUAUCAGGAUGCAUUCAAGACGCACCAGCGCAUUCACACAGGAGGAAAGCCACAUCACUGCUCAGUGUGGUAAGAGUUUUACUGGACAGAGUGAUCUCCAAUGACACCAACGCAUUCACACAGGAGCGAAGCCGUAUCACUGCUCACAGUGUGGGAAGAGUUUUACUCAGCAGAGUGCUCUCCAACAACACCAGCGCAUUCACACAGGAGUGAAGCUGUAUCACUGCUCACAGUGUGGGAAGAGUUUUACUCGGCAAGGUGACCUCCAACAACACCAGCGCAUUCACACAGGAGAGAAGCCGUAUCACUGCACACAGUGUGGGAAGAGUUUUACUGGACAGAGUGAUCUCCACUGACACCAGUGCAUUCACACAGGAGAGAAGCCGUAUCACUGCUCACAGUGUGCGAAGAGUUUUACUCACGAGAGUGCUCUCCGACGACACCAGCGCAUUCACACAGGAGAGACGCUGCAUCACUGAUCAAUCUGUGUGAGGACAUGAAAACCGAGAUAUCCAGGGAUGGAGGGACAUCAGAAGUCCGUGUGAAGAAAGAGGAGACACUGGAGCUGAAAAUCUACAACCAUGGAGAUGACCUCGAUAAUCCACCUGAAGGUCUCUCUGUUAAAGUGGAAGAUCCUGACAAUAAAGACUUCCUCUACUGCGAAGUUUGCAAAUCCUUCUUCCUCAACAAAUGUGAGAUUCAUGGACCGCCCCUCUUCAUCCCAGAUACUUUUGUUCCCAUGGGAGUCCCUGACCGAGCCAGACAAACUCUUCCUCCUGGGCUAGAAAUCCAGAAGUCCAGUAUCCCUGAUGCAGGCCUGGGAGUGUUUAAUAAGGGGGGUACUGUUCCAGUAGGUGCACACUUCGGACCCUACCAGGGAGAGUUGGUAAACGGAGAGGAAGCCAGGAACAGUGGAGACUCCUUGGUUGUAUACAGGAGCAUGCAGUGUGAACAAUACAUUGAUGCCAAAAGAGAAAUGCAUGUGAAUUGGAUGAGGUAUGUGAAUUGUGCCCGUAAUGAAGAAGAACAGAAUCUUGUGGCAUUUCAGUAUCAAGGGCGAAUUCUGUAUCGUUGCUGUCGACCCAUUAACCCAGAACAUGAGCUCUUGGUGUGGUAUGAAGAGGAGUACACCAAAGAACUCAGUCCUGCACCUACAGGAACAACCAGACAGCAAGAAGUAAAGAACACUGAAGUAAAGAAUGCACUGCUGCAAGUCUUUUCCUGCUCCACAUGUCCUCGUUCCUAUACAUCUCAAAUUUACCUCAACAAACACAUCCAGAGAUGCCACUAUAAAGAGUAUGUGGGACUACGGGAAUCAGGAGAGAUUAAAUAUGAGCUUGAGAUCCCCUCCAGAUGUCAGCCAACAUCAACUAAUACUCUCAGUUCUGACACUUCUCAUGAUGCUAUACAGAAGGAAAUUCACCACUGCUCAGACUGUGGAAAGAGUUUUGGUCAUCAGAAUGCAUUCAAGACGCACCAGCGCAUUCACACAGGAGGAAAGCCGCAUCACUGCUCACAGUGUGGUAAGAGUUUUACUGGACAGAGUGAUCUCCAACGACACCAGCGCAUUCACACAGGAGAGAAGCCGUAUCACUGCUCACAGUGUGGGAGGAGUUUUACUCAGCAUAGUGAUCAACAACACCAGCGCGUUCACACAGGAGAGAAGCCGUAUCACUGUACACAGUGUGGGAAGAGUUUUACUUAUCGAAGUGCUCUCCAAAUACACCAGCGUGUUCACACCGGAGAGAAGCCUUUUAACUGCUCACAGUGUGGGAAGAGUUUGAGUGAACGGAGUGCUCUCCGAAGACACCAGCGCAUUCACACAGGAGAGAAGCCGCAUCACUGCUCACAGUGUGGGAAGAGUUUUACUCGGCAGAGUGAUCUCCAACAACACCAGCGCAUUCACACAGGAGAGAAGCCAUAUCACUGCUCACAGUGUGGGAAGAGUUUUACUGGACAGGGUGAUCUCCAACGACACCAGCGCAUUCACACAGGAGAGAAGCCGUAUCACUGCUCACAGUGUGGAAAGAGUUUUACUCAGCAGAGUGCUCUCCAACAACACCAGCGCAUUCACACAGGAGAGAAGCCGUAUCACUGCUCACAGUGUGGGAAGAGUUUUACUCGGCAGAGUGCUCUCCAACAACACCAGCGCAUUCACACAGGAGCGAAGCCGUAUCACUGCUCACAGUGUGGGAAGAGUUUUACUCAGCAGAGUAAUCUCCAGCAACACCAGCGCAUUCACACAGGAGAGAAGCCGUAUCACUGCUCACAGUGUGGAAAGAGUUUUACUCGGCAAGGUGAUCUCCAACAACACCAGCGCAUUCACACAGGAGAGAAGCCGUAUCACUGCUCACAGUGUGGCAAGAGUUUUACUCGGCGGAGUAAUCUCCAACAACACCAGCGCAUUCACACAGGAGAGAAGCCGUAUCACUGCUCACAGUGUGGGAAGAGUUUUAUUGAACGGAGUGCUCUCCGCCGACACCAGUACAGUCACACAGGAGAGAAGCCGUAUCACUGCUCACAGUGUGGCAAGAGGUUUACUCGUCAGAGUACUCUCCAACAACACCAGCUCAUUCACACAGGAGAGAAGCCGUAUCACUGCUCACAGUGUGGGAAGAGUUUUACUCGUCAGUGUCAUCUCCAACAACACCAGCACAUUCACACAGGAGAGACGCUGCAUCACUGAUCACAGUGUGGAAAGAUGUUUACUUAUUCAGUUACAUUUAAGUACACUAACUCAGAGACAUUGCAUGAUUUAAAGUAGGCACAUUAAAUAUAGUUGUUAUUAUGACUGUUUUGGCUGAAAAUGACCUUUAAUUUGAAAUUUAUUGUUCAUGUUACAUGACUGUUUUAAAAUACGUACCUUUAUGGUGAUGUUUAAAACAAGAUUAUUAAUGUUUUCUUUUGACCUUAAGUAAUCAUUAAUUACCAAUAUACAAGUAACGAUUAAACUGCAAUUCUCAUCAGUGUAGUACUGCAGCAUGAGACAAAUUGUUAAUGGAAUUAUUACUGAACAGGAGUUUAACAUUACUAUGUUUAACGGAAAUGUGGAUCAAACCAAAUGACGAUGGAGCAGUGAAAUGAAGCUUGUCCAGUUAUAUGCAUCCGCCUCGUCUCACUGGUAGAGGAGAAGGCAUCGGUUAUUUAUAAUCAUAAUUUAGGAGUCGUACAAAAACCUGAACAAAAAUUCAGUCUGUUUGAAGUUCUUUAUCCUAACAUAUGUAGCCAAAAAAAGUCUAUGUAGUUGAUUCAGCUCAUUAUUAUUUAUAGACCCAUGGUCUAUAUUCUGAAGUUCUUUCUGAAUUUGCGGAUUUCUUUAGACAACGAGUUAAUUGUUAGACAUUAUUUGUUUUGAUCACCUGGAAGACUCUGAGAACAGCAUUCGUGUCCAUUCUAGAUUCAGUAGGGGUUAAUCAGGAUAUCAUAGGACCUAACCCUAUUUUUGUUCAGGUUUUUGUAUGAUUCCUAGUGGUCACACACUCAAUCUAAUACUUGUAUAUAUAUUAAACAUAGGAAAUAUCGUCACUUCCACAGUCUGAAGCUCCCUCAGAUCAUCUCCUCUCUUUUGAAAUGUCUUAGCAAUAGUAUGCGUACCUUGCACACCAUCGCGUCAAAAGUACAUUCACGUCAACGACUGCAUAAAGUUUUAUCAGUAGUCUUCAAAGUUAUCAACUUUGAUUGGCUCACAGUCAGACCCCACAGAACUUGAUCAGCUAACUGAAUGCUGAGAGUCAACAUUCUGCUUUACUUUAGAUAAUGUAGCUCAACUUAAAAGAAAAUAAUUCAGCAGAAAAAAAAAAAACCUAGCACCCUGGUAUAACAAUCACACAUGCGCCUUAAAACAUAAAAUUAGAAAAUGGCAUCAAACAAAAUUGAUUGUAUUCCAAUUUGCAUGGAAGGAGAGCCUCUGGAACUACAUGGACAAGUUUUUAAUGCUGGUUUAUCAACAAUUUUCUCCACCCUAAUAGAAGAUGAUAAAAAUAAUCUUAAAUUAUGUAAUACAUGUGAGGGAAAUUUAGUGGAUGAACAUUCCUAUUCUCUGUGUUUGUGUGUUGAGCUCAAGUGGCCUAGUGUACUGAGAAAGAUGUUUUUCCCAUGUUGUAAUCGCCUUUCUGUGGCCUUGGUGGUGAUAAGCAGGGUGUCUGAGUUCUCCAUAACUACGUAUCCGCCUGCACAUACCAGAGCACGCCAGGUGGACGCUUUAACAAAGCUUCAUAGAAAAUCUUGAGCCAAUCAUGUGAAGAUGCAAGCAGUAAGCAAAUGCCUUUAGAGUAUAAUAGAUAACAGCCACUAAAACACAACUCAGAGUGGGCGUACUCUCAGCAUCAUCAGAAGUGGUGUCGUCUUCUUUUUUCCUUUCCUAUUUUUUAUGUCUGUUAUAUAUGAUCUACUAUAAUAAAUAACUGAAAAGACAACUGCUAAGCAUUGUGAAGUGUUUAUUAGAAGUUUCCAUUACAGUUUGGCGUCCCUGGGUGGGCCCUAUGCGUCUGAUCCUCGGACGACGGGACACUCCCAAGGCUACGGUGCGGAGCUGUGAACUCGGACGAGAGACCAGACCGUCAGGGCUCACCGAACCAGUAAGUGAUAACUUUGCAUUCUUGUGUAAAGAAAUUAGUGGAAACAGAAUUUAAAGACUGAUACAAGAGAUGGACAGAGAUUGCCCCAGUCAUCAGGCAAAAAUAUCAAACUAUUAAUUUAAAACUAGACAAUGUGUUAAGUACCCCUAGAGAGAACAGUAUAACUACAUCACAACAACAAUUUGUUUUACACCCCUUAGAGAGACUGAACUAAUUUCACUUAUUUCCUCAUCAAAAUCUUCAACCUAACAGAUAAUACCAGAAGCAAUCAAACCUCUUUGAAAAACAAUUAUUCUUUUAGCAAUGGCUGUGUACCUAAAUCCUUUAACCUAGCAGUUGUCAUACCCUUGAUUAAAGAACCUCACCUCAACCCUUGUCAGCUGUCCCAGUAUAGGCCAAUAUCAAACUUCCCAUUUAUCUCCAAGAUCCUCGAAAAAACUGUGGCAUAACAGUUAUGCUCAUAUCUACAUGGAAGUAACAUCCCUCAAAGGUAUCAAUCAGGAUUUAGACCUCAUCAUAGCACAGCGACAGCACUGGUUAAAGUAGUAAAUGACCAACUACUGGCUCCUGAUCAGGGUUGUGUCUCUUUGCUUGUGCUGCUUGACCUUAGUGCAGCUUUUGAUACCACUGAUCAUACUAUUCUCCUUGAUGGACUAGAAAAUGUCAUUGGUGUUAAAGGAACGGUCCUCUGGUGUCUCAGGUCUUAUUUAACUGAUCAUUGUCAGUUUCUAUAUGCAAAUGGUGACUAGCAUGCAUACAGAAAAGUUUGGUGUUCCACAAGGUGCUGUCUUUGGCCCAUUGCUUUUUUUCUUAAAAAUAUGCUACCUCUGGGUACUAUUAUUUGUAAGCAUGGUAUUACUUUCCACUGUUAUGCUGGGGGCACAGUUGUAUGUUUCAGCAAAGCCAGAUGAGAGACACGAGCUUAAUAAAAUUAAGGAAUGUGUAAAGGACAUUCGACACUGGAUGCUUAUUAACUUCCUUCUACUUAAUUCUGGCAAGACAUUACAAGGACCACAUGCAGCUAGAAGUAAAUUUUCUGAUUAAAUAGUAACUCGAGAUGGCCUUUCUAUUUCUUCGUGGGCAGCAGUAAAAGACUGGUGUGAUUAUUGGCUCCAGUCUUUCAUUUGAAGCCCAUGUAGAUAAUAUUGCUUGGAUAGCCACCUUUCAGCUCAGAAAUAUUGCAAAAAAAUAAGUAACACUGUAACUACAUGAUGCAGGAAAACUAGUUCAUGAUUUUAUUACUUCUAGGUUGGAUUGUUGUAAUGCCUUACUGUCUGGAUGUUCCAGUAGGUGCAUAAACAUGCUCCAGUUAGUUCAAAAUGCAACAGCAAGAGUCCUUACAAGAACUAGAAGAUAUGACCACAUCAACCCUGUCUUAUCCACACUGCAUUGGCUCCCAAUCCAAUUUCAUAUUGAUUAUAAAAUACUACUAUUGACCUUUAAAGCACUGAUUGGUCUCGAGCCACAGUACCUGAGUGAAUACCUGCCAUGCCUACUAAGAUCAAUAGGUAUAGGCUAUUUUUUGGCACCUCAAGUAGAAAAGGCUACAUCAGGGGCAGAGCUUUCACUUACAAAGCCCCAUAUUUAUGGAUCAGCCUUCCAAGUAGUGUUCAUGACUCAGACAUAGUUUAAGUCUAGGGUUAAGGGGUUAGGAUUCGGUUUCAUGGAGGCCGUGUUAUGCACUGUCCCUCCUAGGGCUUCUCCUUGAUGUUCCACCAAUGCCAUGCAGUCAUCCCCGUGUUGCAUUUGGGUUUUUCUUGGGGGAGGCUUUAUUUUAAGAUUGUGAAUAGGGAAGAGGGAAACAAUGAAGGUGAGGUGAUGGGUUAUGGUAAGGUUUUAGGGGUUAGGGUUGGGUUUAGGGGUGAGGGUUAAUUUUGGGGUA